GCCGCAGUCGCCGCCGCCGCCGCCGCCGCCGUCCCGGGGCCGCCGGAGCGGCCGCACCGGGCGAUGCGAUGACAACGUCCACCCUGCAGAAAGCCAUCGACCUGGUCACCAAAGCCACCGAGGAGGACAGGGCCAAGAACUACGAGGAGGCACUGCGGCUGUACCAGCACGCCGUGGAGUACUUCCUGCACGCCAUCAAAUAUGAGGCUCACAGCGACAAGGCCAAGGAGAGCAUCCGAGCCAAGUGCGUGCAGUACCUGGACCGGGCGGAGAAGCUGAAGGAGUACCUGCGGAGCAAGGACAGGCACGGCAAGAGGCCCGUCAGAGAGGCGCAGAAUGACAACAAGGGGAGUGACAGUGACAGCGAGGGCGAGAACCCUGAGAAGAAGAAGCUGCAGGAGCAGCUGAUGGGUGCCAUCGUGAUGGAGAAGCCCAACGUGCGGUGGAGCGACGUGGCCGGGCUGGAGGGAGCCAAGGAAGCCCUGAAGGAGGCCGUGAUCCUGCCCAUCAAGUUCCCACACCUGUUCACAGGGAAGCGCACGCCCUGGCGCGGGAUCCUGCUCUUUGGGCCACCUGGCACUGGCAAGUCCUACCUGGCCAAGGCCGUGGCCACCGAGGCCAACAACUCCACCUUCUUCUCUGUGUCAUCCUCUGACCUGACGUCGAAGUGGCUGGGGGAGAGUGAGAAGCUGGUGAAGAACCUGUUUGAGCUGGCCAGGCAGCACAAGCCCUCCAUCAUCUUCAUCGAUGAGGUGGACUCGCUGUGUGGCUCCCGCAACGAGAACGAGAGUGAGGCGGCCCGGCGCAUCAAGACCGAGUUCCUGGUGCAGAUGCAGGGUGUGGGAAACAGCAGCGACGGGAUCCUGGUGCUGGGUGCCACCAACAUCCCCUGGGUGCUGGACUCGGCCAUCAGGAGAAGGUUCGAGAAGAGGAUCUACAUCCCCUUGCCCGAGGAGGCGGCGCGGGCCCAGAUGUUCCGGCUGCACCUGGGGAACACCCCGCACUCCCUGACGGACGCCAACAUCCAGGAGCUCGCCCGCAAGACCGACGGCUACUCGGGGGCCGACAUCAGCAUCAUCGUGCGGGACGCCCUGAUGCAGCCCGUGCGCAAGGUGCAGUCGGCCACGCACUUCAAGAAGGUCCGUGGGCCCUCCCGCACCACCCCCGGUGCCCUCGUGGACGAUCUCCUGACGCCGUGCUCGCCCGGUGACCCUGGGGCCAUCGAGAUGACCUGGAUGGAGGUGCCCAGUGACAAGCUGAUGGAGCCCGUUGUCUGCAUGUCAGACAUGCUGCGCUCGCUGGCCACCACCCGCCCCACCGUCAACGCCGAGGAUCUCCUCAAAGUGAAGAAAUUCACGGAGGACUUUGGACAGGAAGGUUGAGGAGGGCAUGGGGGGUGUGGGGUUGGGGCAGCUGCAGGCCCCGCUGUGCCCCCCUCCCUGGCCGUGCCAAACCGACUCGUGUUCGCUCACUCCUGCCCCAUUGCACUGCGGGGACACGGCCCGGGGGUCACACUACGGGGGGUGGGUCUGAGCAUGGCCUGGGCGGCCGGGUCCCUCCCGGGCUGCACUCCACUCUUCUUCCUGCUCUUUUUUUAUUUUUUAACUUAAUGCUGCUUUGGGUUCUGUCUUGUUUAUAUGAAAAUAAAAACAAUCCGAGUGCUUCA